AAAAUGAAAUGAAAUAACCACAAUCAUUGAAAGUCACUAAACUUGUAGCAUGACUGCCUGAGCAUAACUAUCACCCUAGAGAUUCCCCUUUAAACAUCUGUUUAUUGUUCGUAAUAUUUACAUUUAACACGAUUCUAAACCUUUGAAAUUCACUAUUUAGGAAAUUGUCAUAAAAAUAUUAAAACGAAGGCUCAUAUUUGAUUUAGAAGAUCGAUUUAAUUGCAACACCCUUGGCAUGGGCUUAGUUUGCUUAUACCUUGGCCCAGCUUUGCCGGUGCUGCUGCUAUUAUGCGCAUGUGUUGGCAAGUUUUGGUCAGCACGUCCUUAGCUCGUCACCACUUUGAAUCCGCUCAUCGUUGCUCUAUACGCGCUCAGUGACGCGCCCUCCCGCAGUUUCACGGGCAGCUCGACUGUAGGCAGUGACUGCGCGCACAAAUUGAGAUGGAGGAUUUAAAAACUCCGGAGCGAUUAUUCCACAAGUCCUCUUUCAGCAUCAGCAGUCUGCUGUGGAGAAGAGAAGGGAUGGUGGAUGACCAGGACUCGCCCUCUUCUCCUUCCCUUCAUUCUGAGAAAACUUGUCAAGAGAACUUUGACAGCGACAAAAGCUGCGAAAACUCCAAACUAAGCUCUAAAAAGGAUAUCAAACCUCCGAAGCGAGAGGAAAAUAAAAGGGAAGCAAAGAAAACAGAAGAGGAAGAAAGCGUCAAACCCGAGAAACCUCCUUUUAGUUACAACGCGCUCAUCAUGAUGGCGAUCCGCCAAAGUCCAGAGCGACGGCUGACGCUCAACGGCAUCUACGAGUUCAUCAUGAACAACUUCCCUUACUACCGACAGAACAGACAGGGAUGGCAAAACUCAAUCAGACACAACUUGAGUCUGAACAAGUGUUUUGUUAAGGUGCCGCGGCACUACGAUGACCCCGGUAAGGGCAACUACUGGAUGCUGGACCCCUGCAGUGACGAUGUGUUCAUCGGCGGCACGUCUGGGAAACUCCGGCGCAGAGCCACGGUCAGUUCCAGGAGCAAACUUGGUCUGAAGAGAGGAGGGGGAGGUCGACUGAUGCCCCCCAACACGGCAGCCAGUGUUACAUUAGCCGCAGCAAGCUCGUUUUACUGGCCUGUGCCGCCGUUCCUUCCUCUACAAGCACCGAUGCGCGCUCAUGUCGGCGCGGGGACCUACCUGCGCGGCCAGCCGCGCCUGUCCAACCACGCUGCCUCGGUGGUUUCUCAUCAGACUCGGCUGAGUGCACAAGCACUAGCAGACGCUGACAGGUUCGUGCGGACGCGCCAGGAGAUGUCCUACAUCGGAGUCAGCUGCGCGCAGUCACGGCGCCAUCAGAUCGGCUCCGCCUGCGCCUCCUUCUCCGCCACGUCCAUCCCCGCAUGCACCCUGCCUUUGUCGGACCCGUGCUCAUUUAACAUGAUCUCCGGACAGGCCAGCUACUUUUACUCCCACCAAAUACCAUGCGCGGCAGCAUUUAGUCCGUGUCCGGAGGAGUGCGGUGCUUCCAAGACUGGACAGCUUUUGUCCAAGGCUGGGCACUCAGAACUGGGAGGAUAUUGUACUGACUUUCCAAAUUACUGCCCUCAAGUCAGCUCAAGCCCUUCUUUUGGGAUAUAAAAAAAUGAGACUACGUCGGAAGAAAAAAAAAACCCAUCAAUGUAGCAUUCAUGAAAAACAGAAAUUGAAGAAAUAAAAAAAAAAAACUCAACCUAAACUGACAAGUGUAUGUCUGCUGAAAGUUUUGCUAUGAACGAAUAACCUGCGAAAAUGUUAAGUGUUAUAGUAAGAUGGAAAUGCAACUCGAAGAUUAUUAAUGCCAGGCAAUAUGUUGUAAAUAAAGCAGUCUCUUGGUGCUUACACUACUUAAGUUGUGCCUCAGUAUCUGAUUACGCACGCCUUUAUCUCCAAACAAAUGCGCAUAAUUAUAUUUAAUAACAGUAUAAAUGAGGACAGAGAAAUGAUCUAAAAAUAGAAAAAUAACUAAUAGUGCAACACUUUCUAGCUGAAACAUACAUUGUUAUCGUGUAUUAUGUGUUAUUAUUUCCCACGCAUUCGCUUGGGUGUGUUCGAAGUUUUGUGAGCACGUUUGGUGAGCAGAUGCCAAGUAAGUGCAAAAGAGAUAUCAGUGAGGAAAAUGUUCGUUUGUAGUGAUUCCUUUCUGCUCAGCGACACAUUUCAGGUAUAAAUGCUGUUUUUAAAGGAGUCCAGGUUAAAUGUAAACUACAAAGCAGCAAGAAAAAUGUUUAGUUCAAAGAAAAGAAUUUCAUUAGCCCAAAAGAGCCAAAAAUAAUUGUAAAAUUAAAGAUUGCUGAUUGUAUAAACAUUAUGAAAUUUAAAAUUGUUCAUUUGCUGCACUUAUUCGGUUUCAUCGUUGUUGCAACUAAAAAAAAAACAUAUUACAUUCCUAGUUUAAUUACUUUACAUGUAAUUAAACGAUAAAUAAUGCAUUUUAAAUUGUGUUUUCUUCCCUCCUCAUUAAAGCCUUAUGCUGUUGUUGAUUGUUCCUAUUUGGCUUCGUUAUUAAGCGUUUCACUCUGGAGAUUUGAGCCCGCAAAAGGGAAACAGAUGGACUAAAUUACCCGUUUAAAAUAAUAUAUGAAUAGCAGCCUGUGAGUGGAAUGUUUGUCUAUUAUUAUUAUUAUUAUUAUUAUUAUUAUUAUUAUUAUUAUUAUUAUUAUUAUUAUUAUUAUUAUUAUUAUAGUGAUCAAACACGACAUUUCCAGUGGUGCAGAUCUUCUUGAUCAGUGUUUGGCUAUAUGUCCUUUCAUCACUGACUGUUAAACUUUCCCUCACCUUCCCUCCGCCGCCGCCCAUCCUCCACAAAUUAAUACAAAAAAACCAAAUGAGAUCUUUGGGGAAACAGAUUAGCGCACCUCUCCCUGGACGGCUGCCUCGUCUUUAAACAAAAGCGCUUUUAUGUAGAAAGACAUCAGCCCGUCAGUCACAGUCGCUCUGUGGUUAAGGCAGACGGAUCUGGAUCAGGUAACUUCACUGUUGGCAAACUCGCUGUCUAGGUAGAUGCAGGUGAAUAUUUUCAUUAGUGCCAUGAGUAAUAGUGGCGGCGGGGGAAAAGUGUGGAGGACAGAGGUGGGAGUCAAUAGGCGUACGAGGUGUUUUAAUUGCAUAAGGAGAUGUGAGAAGAUCUGGUUCUGCUAAUCACCUUCCUGUAACAUGUCUCCUGAUAAACAUAAAUACUGAGCUAAUUAUUGUUUCAUGAACAGAGCUUGGUGCUGAUGUCUGUGCUGACAGGGAACUGAAAAUGACAGAGAUACCGAAUUGUAGACACUUUAGAAAGGCUGUUUCUGGUUCUCCUUGCACAUCAAAACUGCAAAAAUGUUUAUGUUGCGUUCUGGAAGGUGCAGAUUGAUAUGCUUCACUCUAAUUGAAAAAGUUUUAAUAACGCUUCAGCGGUUUUUUACGUUGUUUUUUUUUUACGAUAAAAUCUCUAACUUCAAUCUUAUAUUGCAGUCUUUUAUAAGGGUUAAUGAAAAAAAUACAAAAAUGUUGCACAAAAAAAUGUUUAAAGUAGGGCGUGCAUGUUGUGUGCACGUAUUUGAGAGACAUAAAACUCCAUGCAGAAAGUCAUGGGUCGGGAUUCAAACACUGGACUUUCUUGCCGCAAAGCAACUGGGCAAACUGCUCCACGGUGCAGUCAUUGAGAAUUCAGUCUGCUCAAAAUCAAAUCAAAUCGAUGCUUCCAAUUACAUAGAUUCCAGCUUCAUCCCCAUUCUUAUGAAGCCAAAUUGAGAUCAUUGUGAAAUUUCAACUGGUGAAAAGUUGUCUAGUUAAUAGACCGAUUUUUGCAGCAGCCUCCCCUGCCCAACCUGAAAAAAGUUCAUCAUGUUUCAUUUUCUGCAGAAAACCAGUUUUGAAAUGAAUCCUACAUGAUUUCCAGGUUGUGUCAUAUGUUGAUAGUUCUGCUGAAUAAAUCUUUGUCUGGCCCAUCUGAUUUAAUGCUUGUUGCUCUCUUAAUUAGGCAGCUGAAAAGUGUUUCCAGAUUAGCUUCUGCUGUCCCAUCAGCUGUAAGGUAACGCUGAGCUCUCCACAUCUUAAGAUUUGAGUCUCUUGGCUCUGGUGCGCUUCUUAAAGGUAUAGAACCGUGCACCCUGAAAAUCAAUCCCACACACUCACCUCCCUCGGCAACACACAGCCUGCCUUUAUCUGCAGUAAGUGAUUUCCUCAGGUAGAUGUGUAACCUUUGGAACAAGGUGGGUGGGUUGAGCACCCAUAGGCGUCUGUCUGUCUCUUGCCAGAAAGCCAAUCUCUUAGUGUCUCAUUGCUUCACCGUAGCAUACAUCCCCAUGUCUCUCACUCUCUCUAACAGACACACUCACAUUCACGAUUUCCUGUUACUCUGUUAAAGAGCAUAACAAAGGCUUAACUGUUUGGAUUGCAGUAUCAACCUAGCUGCUCCCUCAUCCUUAUUUAUUUCCUCUGGGUUGUUCAUACGCAGAAAAGGUUCAUUCUGAAACAUGUCCUCACACUUGAAAAAUUAAUCUCAGCUAAUACUUCAAUAAUAGCCCUGGUAAGUCUUCUACCGACCUGAGACAAAUCUGCAUAGUGACUUUAGAACAUAAAAUCGAAAGUAACUUAAUUGCCUGAAGUUAUGUUUGGCAUAUUGACCAGCUACAGUUAACAGUGUCUUCCGUAUGUGAAAUCUGCCUGAGAAUAGAAGUAAACUUCUGACAUAUAAAAUCAAUUCAUUUUCUGUCAGCUGUCUGAUUGUAUGUUGUAAUACAAAAGUUGCGUAUUUGUUUCACUCUGGAUUGUUUUCAUUUUUCCCUCACUGUUUGGGGUGAAUUCUUGUUUAUCUCUAAAGAUCAGCAUCAAACUGUGAUUUGUUUAUUUCUUGCAUUUUACUUUAGAAAUCCUUGUCACUUUUAUUAACACCUCUGUAAAGAUGUCUUAAAGUCAAAUUCAUCUUUUGUUGCAGUUUCACGAUGUCCCACUGAAAAUAGAGAAAUUCAGCUUUUGAUUCUGAACAUCUUUUUUGUCAUUUUUAACAUAAUGGGGCACAAUACAAUGCAUUGCAAAUGCCUUUAUACCACUCAAACUGUGAUGUAGUUUCACAUUGCAAUAAGAAAUAGCAGUUGAUUUUUUUGUGAAACAAAAGAAGUGUAUAAAUAUAAAGUACAAGGACGAUUUGGCAUGAAUAUGUAUUCAGUCCUCUCCUACUAUACUAACAAACUAAAUCCAGUCCUACCCGAUGUAUUCAGACUAACAAAGACCACCUUCAUGCAAUUUAACCUCAAUAUAAAUCCAGCUGUUUUGUGACGAUAUUGGAGGUUUGUAUGAGAACACUGGUGAACAGCAUCAUGAGGACCAAGGAGCACAGUGGAUAGGUCAGGAACAAAGUUGUGGAAAAGGUUAAAGCAGGGUUAGCUUAGAAAAUAAUAUCCCAAGCUUUCAACAUCUGAUGAGAAUUUGCUCAACCCAUUAUCUGAAAAUUAAAUAACUAAGGCACAAUCAUAAACCUACCAAAACUGACAGGUUGGGAAAGGAGGUCAGUAGUAUUCAAAGAGUAGCCAAGAGGCUCUGGAGGAGUUGCAGAGUUUGACAGCUCAGAUGGGAGAAUCUUUCCACCAGACAACUAUUAGUUGUGCACUCAACACAUUAGCCCUGUGUUUUACACAGUGGCAAAAAAAA